CCCAAAUGACAAAUGGAGUGUGAUAAAGCACACCAGGACCUAUCCAACAGACUCCUAUGGAAUCAUUGAGUUCCAGGGAGGAGGGUUCAUCAACAAGGCCAUGUACAUUCGGGUUUCAUACGACACCAAGCCUGACAACCUCCUGCAUUUAAUGGUGAAAGACUGGCAGCUGGAGCUACCCACCUUGCUCAUCUCUGUGCACGGAGGUCUCCAGAAUUUUGACCUUCAGCCCAAACUCAAGCAAGUGUUUGGCAAAGGCCUGAUCAAAGCAGCUGUCACGACAGGAGCUUGGAUCUUCACUGGUGGAGUUAAUACAGGAGUGAUCCGUCACGUUGGAGAUGCCUUAAAGGACCAUUCGUCCAAGUCACGAGGAAAGGUGUGUGCAAUAGGAAUUGCUCCAUGGGGGAUCUUGGAAAACAAAGAAGAUAUCAUCGGAAAAGAUGUAACUAGACCAUAUCAGUCCAUGGCAAACCCACUUAGCAAGCUGGCAGUACUCAACAGCAGCCACUCCCACUUCAUCCUCACCGACAACGGAACCUGUGGGAAAUACGGUUCCGAGGUCAAACUCCGUCGACUGCUGGAGAAGCACAUCUCCUUGCAGAAGAUCAACACUCGUUUGGGUCAGGGAGUUCCUCUGGUGUGCCUGAUAGUGGAGGGGGGACCCAACGUUAUUUCUAUUGCCCUGGAGAGCUUGAGGGAUGAGCCACCCAUCCCAGUUGUGGUGUGUGACGGCAGUGGCCGCGCUUCUGACAUCAUAUCAUUUGCCCACAAGUUUUCAGAGGACGGAGGUCUGGUUAAUGAUGACGUCAGGGACCAACUUUUAGUUACUAUUCAGAAGACAUUCAAUUAUAGCAAAAGCCAAUCCCAGCAGAUCCUGCUGAUGGUAAUGGAAUGCAUGAAGAAAAGGGAACUGAUCACAGUGUUUCGAAUGGGCUCUGAGGGGCAACAAGACAUUGAAAUGGCCAUCCUUACUGCCUUGUUAAAAGGCACGAAUGCUUCAGCACCAGACCAGCUCAGCUUGGCUCUGGCCUGGAACAGAGUGGAUAUUGCUCGCAAUCACAUCUUUGUUUAUGGGCACAAUUUACCAGUGAACUCGCUAGAGCAGGCCAUGAUGGAUGCUCUAGUGCUGGACAGGGUGGACUUUGUCAAACUGCUGCUUGAAAAUGGAGUCAACAUUCACCACUUCCUCACCAUUCCAAGGUUGGAGGAGCUAUACAACACGAAACUUGGUCCUGCGAAUACACUGCAUGUUGUGGUUAGAGAUGUCAAAAAGGGGAACCUUCCUCCAGAUUAUCAAAUCACUUUGAUUGACAUUGGUCUUGUGCUGGAAUACCUUAUGGGUGGAGCUUACAGGAGCAAUUACACAAGGAAAGCAUUCCGCAAUCUGUACAAUAAUUUGUAUGGAUUAAAAAGGCCAAAAGCUUUGAAACUCCUGGGAAUGGAAGAUGAUGAACCAAGGCCAAAAGGCAAGAAAAAGGCAAAAAAGAAGAAAGAGGAAGAGGUGGAAAUUGAUGUGGAUGACCCUGAGGUUUGUCGGUUCAAGUAUCCCUUCCAUGAGCUGAUGCUGUGGGCAGUGCUGCUGAAGCGCCAGAAGAUGGCGCUGUUCCUUUGGCAGAGAGGAGAGGAGGCUAUGGCAAAGGCGUUAGUUGCUUGUAAACUGUAUAAGGCCAUGGCCCAUGAAUGCUCAGAGAGUGAGCUGGUGGAUGACAUCUCCCAAGACCUGGAGAACAACUCCAAGGAAUUUGGUCAGCUGGCCUAUGAGCUGUUGGACCAGUCCUAUAAGCAUGACGAACAGGUGGCCAUGAAACUUUUAACAUAUGAGCUGGUUAACUGGAGUAACUCCACCUGUCUGAAGCUGGCUGUAGCUGCAAAGCAACGUGACUUUAUUGCUCACACCUGCAGCCAGAUGUUGCUCACAGACAUGUGGAUGGGCUGCUUAAGGAUUGGAAAAAACCCAGGCCUCAAGGUUAUUCUGGGAAUCAUCUUUCCUCCUCUGAUUCUACUGUUGGACUUCCGUAUUGGAGAUGAUACUUCCUACCAAGCACCGGGAAAGAAAGAAGAAAGAAAAGACAAGGAUGAUGACACAAAAUCCAGCAAGGAUCCUAACACUGAUGCAACUUCCAGAAAAGGUGAUGAGGAGGAUGGCAGCUCCAACAUCCGUAAAAUCCCCAUCGGCAAAAGGUUUUUUGAGUUUUAUGAUGCACCCUUCACCAAGUUCUGGUUCAACACUAUCUCUUAUCUAAGCUAUCUGAUGUUGUAUAAUUACAUUAUCCUGGUAAAAAUGGAGCGGUGGCCAUCUAUACAAGAGUGGACUGUCAUAGCAUACAUCCUCACUCUCGGCUCUGAAAAAGUCAGACAGAUUCUGAUGUCAGAGCCAGGGAAGCUGAAACAGAAGAUAAGUGUGUGGAUGGAGGAGUACUGGAACAUCACAGAUCUGUUUGCCAUAUCCACCUUCCUUCUGGGGCUAAUGCUGCGACUGCAACCUGAACCAUACAUGGGCUAUGGCAGAGUCAUCUACUGUAUAGACAUUAUCUUCUGGUACAUUCGCGUAUUGGACAUCUUUGGUGUAAAUAAAUACCUUGGACCUUACGUCAUGAUGAUUGGGAAGAUGAUGAUUGAUAUGAUGUACUUUGUGGUGAUCAUGCUGGUGGUGCUGAUGAGUUUUGGGGUGGCUCGGCAAGCUAUCCUUCACCCUGAUGAGGAGCCCACGUGGCGCCUGGCCAGAAACAUCUUCUACAUGCCCUACUGGAUGAUCUAUGGAGAGGUUUUUGCAGAUUCGAUAGACCCUCCAUGUGGUGAACAUUUAUAUGACGAGGAUGGGAAGAAACUUCCUCCAUGUAUCCCUGGCGCCUGGCUCACACCUGCUAUUAUGGCCUGCUACCUUCUCGUAGCAAACAUUCUUCUGGUCAACUUGCUCAUUGCAGUAUUCAACAACACCUUCUUUGAAGUCAAGUCCAUCUCCAACCAAGUGUGGAAGUUUCAAAGAUAUCAGCUGAUCAUGACUUUUCAUGAUCGUCCAAUUCUGCCUCCUCCGCUCAUCAUCUUCAGCCACCUCUAUAUCCUCUUCAACAGGCUGUUUCGGCGCUGUGCGAAGAAGAAACAGGAGGGUGAACUGGAUGAGAAGGACCGGGGCCUCAAGCUCAGGCUGAAUCCAGAGGAGCUAAAAAAUCUGUACGAGUUUGAAGAGCAAUGUGUGGAGGAAUAUUUCCGUGAAAAAGAGGAUGAGCAACAGUCUUCAAGUGAUGAACGUAUCAAGGUUACUUCAGAGAGAGUUGAGAACAUGUCAAUGCGUCUGGAGGAGGUAAAUGAGAGAGAGAACACCAUGAAGGCGUCCCUGCAGACAGUGGACCUGCGUCUGGCCCAGCUAGAAGAAAUCCACGGACGUAUGGCUGUCGCUCUGGAAAAGCUUGCUGGGGUGGACAGACUGGAGCUGACCAGAACCUUUUCACGAAACUCAUCGGUGUGUGAUCCCUCCUCUCUCCUUCGCCAGGGCAGUAUCAACAGUGCUGAUGGUUACAGCCUUUACCGUUUCCACAUGGACAUGGAGGAGUUUGCAUCCAAGCAGAAGGAAGCAGAUGACAAGGGGGGCCUAGAGAGAGAACGGAGUUUGCACCAAGCAUCCAGUACUUGCGCUCUCAACACCAAGGAAAGCGGUCAGACCUUAGAGGUUGGUGGUUUGGUGAGAUCACGACCUGGUUCAUGUGUGGACAUACUUAUAUCUCCAUGUGAACAAAAGCCCAUCUCUGAAGCAUCAAGUCAGGAGACCAUGACCGAUACAAAACAAGGCAGCACAAUGAUGUUAGAUAGAUUAAUAGAUAAAAACUGGCUAAAACCUUUGUCCCCUCCAAAAAGGACUAAAUCUUUGAAACUCUAUCCAGCUGAAGAUCAACCCACAUCUCCUCUGACGAAAAGAAGGGCCAUGAGCACCAUCACUGUCAACCCUCCUGAUGAACCAGAGCAACUUGCUGAGCCCACUGUGAGCAUCAAACUAACAGGAACUUCAUCUUCUCCAAGGAGGGCAAAAUCUCUGAGAUAUCUUCCUGCUGAAGGUCAAAGUCAGACAUCUCCUAUCACAAAGAAGAGGACUAUGAGCAGCAUCAUCUACAAACCAGAAGAGGCAGGUGAUGACGUGCCAACUAAAACUUCAAACCAGUGGCCGGAAAAUGUGGAAUAUCAAAUCCAUACCACCGCUUUGGGUCAUAUGCCUAAAGUAUCAGCAGUCAGAGCCCUUACCCAGCAGUUUCAAACUGCUACAGCACCUGCAGGGCAUAAGAUCCCAAGCCAGACUGAUUUAACCCCUUCAGCAAGGAAAGGAACUCUAUUAGAAACAGAACCAGAGGGAGCUGAGAAAAAGACGAAGGCCAAAAGAUACCUCUCAGACACCACCGAGUAUCUGACUGUAGCUGAUGCAAGGAAUCUGCGAUCUCACAGGUCACAGAGUUGUAAUGCCAGCGACAAGAAAGCAAAGCCCAUUGUAGCCUUGAAGGAGCAGAGAGCCAGCAGUGAGAAAGACGUGGCUGAAGCCAGCAGGGCGUCAGCCGCUGGACCGGAUGAGAAGGAGAAGAUGAUGGAGGCAGGGAAGAAAGACGGUGCUCAGGAACAGAAGUAGGAACAAAACAAGAGCAUGAAGAAGUGAAAGAAAAAGAACAGAAUGAUGACAGCAAGACUGAAAAGCAAGCUAAUCUUUUCAUGUUAGUUUGAGACUGUCCUCACAAAACUAACAACAAACCGAUAGUGAUGGGUCAAUUACACACACACAUCAACAUUUUCAAUGUUAGCUGUUAAUACAUGUUUAGUGAAAACCAGCUCAAACUUAAAAAGAUCCACUUUCUUUACUUUUGCUACUUUCCAUUGGUGUAACAUACAAGAGCUUACAGAGACAAUCACGUCACAGCUUUCUCAAGUUUCUG